UACAUUAUGUGUGUGGGGUGUCUGGAUUUUUAUAUCUGGACUUUUUUGUAUUAUUCAUAAAUUAAUGAAACAAUUCACGACUCUGCUGAAGUCUGGGAGUCCGAGUGUCACUCAAACGCAGCAUACGUAGCAGGGUUGCGGAUCGGAAAGAGGGAUGCAGCGAGACAAAACAAGCAACGCCGGCGGGGCUGAAAAGCCCGACCGGGAGGCCGCCAUUAUGUCGAAAUACUACGAUGGAGUUGAAUUUCCUUUCUGUGACGAGUUCUCCAAAUAUGAAAAAAUGGCAAAAAUAGGACAGGGAACCUUUGGAGAGGUGUUCAAAGCAAAGCACAGACAGACUGGGAAGAAAGUCGCACUGAAGAAAGUUUUGAUGGAAAAUGAGAAAGAAGGGUUCCCAAUCACAGCUCUCAGAGAGAUCAAGAUCCUGCAGCUGCUCAAACAUGAGAAUGUUGUCAAUCUGAUUGAGAUAUGCAGAACCAAAGCUACUCAGUUUAACAGAUACAAAGGCAGCAUCUACCUGGUGUUUGACUUCUGUGAGCAUGACCUGGCCGGGCUGUUGAGCAAUGCCAAUGUAAAGUUCACCCUUGCAGAGAUCAAGAAGGUCAUGCAGAUGCUGCUCAAUGGAUUGUACUACAUCCACAGGAACAAGAUCCUUCAUAGAGAUAUGAAGGCAGCCAACGUGCUCAUCACCAGAGAUGGUGUCCUAAAGCUGGCAGACUUUGGUUUGGCCCGAGCCUUCAGCCUGGCUAAAAACAGCCAGGGGAACCGCUACACCAACCGUGUGGUCACACUCUGGUACAGACCUCCAGAGCUGCUUCUGGGUGAGCGCGACUACGGUCCCCCCAUUGACUUGUGGGGAGCAGGCUGCAUCAUGGCAGAAAUGUGGACCAGAAGCCCAAUAAUGCAAGGCAACACUGAGCAGCAUCAACUCACUCUCAUCAGCCAGCUCUGUGGUUCCAUCACGGCUGAGGUGUGGCCUGGCGUGGAUAAGAAGUACGAGCUUUACCAGAAAAUGGAGCUGCCUAAAGGCCAAAAGAGGAAAGUAAAGGAUCGUCUCAAAGCUUACGUCAAAGACCCGUACGCCCUGGAUCUGAUAGAUAAGCUCCUGGUCCUGGACCCGGCACAGCGCAUAGACAGCGACGACGCGCUCAACCACGACUUCUUCUGGUCGGACCCCAUGCCGUCAGACCUGAAGAAUAUGCUCUCCACCCACAACACCUCCAUGUUUGAAUAUCUGGCCCCACCCAGACGGAGAGGCCACAUGCCACAGCAGCCGCCCAAUCAGAACAGGAACGCAGCCACUACCAGUCAGACUGAGUUUGAUCGAGUGUUUUAGUGGUUGAAGACACUUAUGGACAGUACUUGACCUGAACUUUAUUUCCCAAUCAGCCGAAUACUGAGGACAGCUACACACUCCUUUUUUGGUUGAGGUUUGGUGGGUAUUACCUGGACAUCUAUGAUGAUUCCUGCUAUGUGUGUAUGGCAGAGAAUGCAGGCUGUUUGGUUUGACCAGGAACAGGACUGUAAUAUUCAAUCUAUGCAUAGCCCUCUGCAAGCCAAGUUAUAAUGUUCCAACUUUGUGCUUUCUGUCCAGGUGAUAAUGAAGAGACUACUGUUGAACUCUGUACACAUGGCUUUGUGUGUUCGCUUGGCUACCUUGAUUAGACAAGGCACAAGAUAGUUUUCAUUUUGAUUAGUUUAUGACAGAUUCUGGCUUUUUUUUUUUUUUUUUUUUUU